AUGCCCUCCACCCCUGCACCGCCAGCGUCGGCAUCAGUCCCAGAGCUUCUGACGCUGAUAAUAACCACGUCGCCAACCCCGUCCGCGCCUUCGACAGAACUCUUGGAUGCGGUCUUCAAAUCUAUCCGCCUUCACUGCAGUGACUUGCUAUCGUGCCGCAUCAUUGUUGUACUGGACACGUAUGAGCGCAUCGGAGACGUUCCAAGGUUGAAGAAGGGCCAGGUGACGGAAAAGGGCGCGGAGGAGUAUGCAGAGUACAAAGACAACGUAAAGAAGCUCGUGCUGAGGGAAUACGACCCACAUGAGAGACUUGACGAGUUGAGUCAAGAGCAAGGGGAGGCAGAAUAUGGCUACAACGGACGAGCGGCGACCGUAACGACAAAUUCGGCCACGUUCACCGUAAGCCAGACGAAAGACCUUCGUGUAUCUUUCGUAGAGCCGUCAGAGAGGCUUGGUUUCGGUCUAGCAGUGCGGACGGCCUUGAGAAUAACGACAACACCGUACGUCUGGGUCCAUCAGCACGACUGGACACUCGUAUACGACAUCCCCGUGGGCCCAAUACUGGAUGUCAUGAGGACGCAGGACGCAGAUGAGGAGAGCCCGGUGAAAUAUGUUUGUCUUGCUUCGGUUCGGAUGCUGAAGUAUGCUGAGACUGCUCACGCGCAAGAGUUCCCUCAUCUUAGAACGUUGACAAACAAGCUGAAGAGGAGUUUUACGCCAGAAUUAUAUCCGGAGGCGGAGGUGCCGUUGACGCCGAUGUUCUUUUGGCAUGAUAAGCCCCACAUCGCAGCGACGGAGCACUAUUUGACGCGUGUCUUUCCGACGCGGCUGGCGAUACCUAGAGGGGCGUUUAUCGAGGACACGAUUGGACAUCGGGCGCGGACGCAGAUGAAGGAGCAGGGCAUGUGGUUGCGGUGGGCUUGUUGGCUGUUUUAUCCUGAUGAAGGAAGACAGUUGUGUCUCCGGCACUUGGAUGGGAGGAAAUGGAGAGGCGCAGAAGGAGAAGUCACGAUGAAAGAAAUUUGGAAGCAGGCCAACAAAGAGAUGAGGACAACAGAUGAUUCAUGA